AUGAAACUUGAAAGGCCUUCCCUAAGCCACAUUUUGGGCCAACACUCUCUACAUGGCCAUUGCAUGGGGCCCUACGUCCCUUUGGCCCAUCAUUUCCCCCUUAGGAAGAAUUACCUUGUCCUCAAGGCUUGCUUCAUCAAAGCGAUCAAACAGCUCAGAGAUAACCUCCCAGGUGGCGUCUUCCGUCUGCAGGUCUCCACAUUUCACCAACGAUUCUUUGAUGAAAUUAUUGCCGUGACGCAGCCAGCGAGUGUCGAGGAUGGACUCAGGGACGAGCUCCAGGAAGCCAUCAUUAGCAAUUGGUGA